UUAACUCUCUCUCUCCUCUCUCUCUCUCUCUCCUCUCUGUAAAAGCCAUCAAGCACUCAUCAAAGCGCAUGUCUGCUUUGUUUCUUUCUAUCUUCUAAUUUGUUCUCGAACAGUGAGAGCAUAAAAAAGAAAAAAAAAAAAAAGAGAGAGAGAGAGAGAAGUGAUUUGGGACUCUCUCUAUAUCUCUCUUUCCAUCUGUCUUGAACUUGUCUUUCCUUUCACAUAAUAAUUAUAAUCAAUCUUUGGCCCUUCCCCAUCAUCAAAACACAAAAACGACACAAAUCCAAAAUUCUCUCUCUCUCUCUCUUUCUAUAUUUAUCAGCUUUUGACACUCUCUGAAGCAGACACAUAAUUGCGCAUCAUUUGAACAUUCCCAGUGCCACUGUUUCUGUUUGUUUCUUUGUUCAACUGAAUUUCUCUUCUUUGUAUUUUGUACUAUAAAAGGAGAAUAUUAUGGAUAAAUGGGACACGUCCAUACGACAAGAUAAUCGGCAUUGUCACCGAAGAGACAAUCCUUCGUUCUCUUCGACUCUUCUCGACGCGAUAUAUCGGUCGAUCGACGACGGCAACGGUGGUGGUGGUGAAGCGAAUUCCGUUUCCGCGGCGGAAGGAGAGGUGAUAUUCUACAGAGAGACAAUGAGGAAAAAGCAGAGCAGUUCCGGUCUCAAGGAGGAGGAGAAAAUGGUUAAUUUCCGGCGAGCUUGCAUGAUCGAGAAGUGGAUGGAGAAGAAGGUGAGCGAGAAGGUCGUCGUUCGUCGUAGCUCUGUUGCGGAUUACGACAGAAAAUCGCGCCACAACCGAGGAAUCGCGCUGCUGAAUUCGAGCUCGAGCUCGUCGGAGUCGAGCUCCGGGGGAGGAUUCUCGUCGUCGGAGUCGGAGUCUUUGCAGAUGCCGAAGCCGAUUCGGACGAGCGUAUCUGCCCCGGAGAAGAUUACUACGUCGGAAACGCCCAAAUUCGACGGGUACUCUCGCUACCAGUACAAUUCCGCUCCGAACAAGCACCAAAAAACUAGCAGCAAGCACGAGAGCGGCUUCGUGAAGACAAAAUCAAAAGCGUUGAAGAUCUACGGAGAUUUAAAGAAAGUGAAGCAGCCAAUCUCCCCCGGCGGCCGCCUCGCGAGCUUCCUGAACUCGCUCUUCACCGCCGGGAACGCGAAGAAGGCGAAGAUCGAGGACCUGAGCAAGCCGCAGAGGAAAUCGAAGUCGACGAACGCGUCGACGUGCUCUUCGGCGUCGUCGUUCUCGAGGUCUUGCCUGAGCAAUACUCCGUCGUCGCGAGGGAAGUUCAGCGACAACAGCACGAAGAGGUCGGUCAGGUUUUGCCCAGUGAGCGUCAUCGUCGACGAGGAUUGCCGUCCGUGCGGCCAUAAAAGCCUGCAUGAGGAUCGCGAGCCGGCUCUAAUGGCGUUGACCGCCGUGAGAGAUUCCGUCGACGAUCGGCGACGAGUCCAGGAGGUGGCGAUGGACCUAUUGAAGAAUUACCAGAAGAAGAACGUAAACGACAACAGAAACAAUGUCGUUGAUGAGUUCGACAUGAGAGACGUCGUUCGUUGCGACGACAGUGCGUUUGAUCAUGACAACGAAGAAGACGACGACGACGCUGCGAGUUAUUCGAGCUCUGAUCUGUUUGAAUUGGAUAAUCUCUCAGCGAUUGGGAUUGAACGGUAUAGAGAAGAAUUGCCUGUUUAUGAAACGACACAUUUCGAUACCAAUCGAGCCAUUGCAAAUGGUUUGAUUUUGUAAUUCCCAAAAAAAAAAAAAAAAAAGAAAGGGAAAAAA